CAGUUGAACAAGCUUGCCUGAGAAAACAAUACUGCAGAUAAAACUGUUGAAGCAGACCGCUUGCAUACUAUGUUUCUUGCAAUGGCAGAUGCUAGGGCUGUUCUUAUUAAACUGGCUGACCGUCUGCACAACACGAUGACACUAGAGGCUUUGCCUUUGGACAAGCAACUGAGGUUUGCAAAGGAGACGUUGGAGAUCUUUACUCCGUUGGCCAACCGACUUGGUAUCUCAACUUGGAAGGAGCAGCUUGAAAACCUUUGCUUUAAACAUCUCAACCUAGAUCAGCAUGAAGAACUUUCUUCCAAGCUUGUGAAGUCCUUCAAUGAUGAAAUGAUCACUUCAUCCAUUGAGAAAUUGGAGCAAGCUCUGAAAGAUGGAGAGAUUUCUUAUCAUGUCUUAUCUGGGCAACACAAGAGCUUGUACAGGAUUUACUACAAGAUGUUGAAGUACGUAUUCUAUGUAUAUGUGUGUGUGUGUGCACAUGCGUGUGUGUGUAUGUGACAAAGAAAAACACAC